GAUUGUGGAGAACUACAGAGAUUCAGUUACAGCCUCCAGUUUUGAUCCUAACACAGCUUUAGUUGUCACCUGGGAGAAUGUCCAUCCUGCCCCAGCCUCUACCUAUUCCACACAGAAUGCCAGUUUCCAGUUGUUGAUAGCCAGUGAUGGAGUGACCACCUACACAGCCUUCCUGUUUAAACAGAUGGACUGGGUCCCUCCCAAACCUGCCCUGCUGGGUUACAGGUGUGGAUAUGGGCAGUCAAAUUAUUUCUACCACCCUGCUUCUUUGACUAACAGCCUGCUACAGCAAGUGAUCCGUAGUGGUUACAGUGGUGGAAGAAAAAAUGAGACGGGACUUUGGAUUUACAAGAUAGAUUCCCUUCCUGCUGGUACUGUGAAUUACAGAAAGAAAUGUUUCAGCUGGAUUCAGGGCAGUGGCAAAUCUGAUUAUUUAAAAGUUUUGAUUGCUGAUGUCAAACUCACAAAGUGCCCUUGUAGUGAAGACAGAGUGGAAAAAGAUGGUCGCUUUGUGAAGUUUUCAACAGAAGCUGGUAACAACUGUUAUGUGAAGGAAUUACCUGGAGAAAGUGUAUCUGGAACACGGAAAUGCUGUUACAAAAGUCAGACAUUUUCUAAGGCAUUGAUAACCACAGGAGAAGAGGCUGGAUACAUUUACAUGGUGAAUCCUCUGUUGAAUUUGAAGGAGUCCAAUAGCAUUGACAGAGAUCCUCAUAAGUGGUGCUGUCAAAAAACAAACUUGUGCAAUGAAUUUCUUCGCUACCGGAUCUCUGACACUUGCAGGUUUUACAUUCCUCUUACUUCAGGUUCCUCCUUUGGAGACCCCCAUGUCAGGACACUGGAUGGUCUGACCUAUACAUUUAAUGGACUUGGAGAGUAUGUGAUGCUGACUAUGGUAGAACCAGGGACAAACCUCACUCUACUGGAGAUACAGACUCGUACAGCACAAGCUGUCAAUGCUAAUGGAACCAAGAUAAAUGCCACAGUCUUCCAUGCGUUUGUUGUCAGGGAAAAGAAUGGGGGAGUGGUUCAGGUAGAAGUCAACCUAGAUGGCACAGGAAUGAUCCUUCAUAUAGACAGAGAAGAUAAAACCUUACAGAUGUAUGCCAGCGACACAUUUUUAUCCUACAGAACAAAUAUGGUGGUUAAGAGAAUAGGAACCCACAAGAUCAGAGCACUGUUUCCCUCUGGCCCAACAAUGGACUUUGCUGUUAACUUAGGAAUGAUGGAGUUAACAGCAUCCAUUCCAGGAAGUUUGUCCUCCUCCACGAUUAACAAUGGACUUCUGGGAAAUAUCAACGGAAAUAUGACGGAUGAUCUGAUAGCUCCAAAUGGAACCCUGCUAUCUACAAAUUCAACAGAGCGAGAAAUAUUUUACAGUUUUGGCCAACAAUGGCAGAUUGAUUGUGCUGCAUCCCUCUUUGUGUAUCGUGAUGACUCUAAAUGUGAGGACUACAAGCACUCUGACUUUACUCCACUGUUUCUGGACGAUUUUACAAAAGCAGAGAGAGAUGAAGCCAUUGCUGUAUGUGGUGGAGCAGAUAAGAUGAACUGUAUUUUUGACUAUCUAGCUACACAGAAUUCAGCUGUGGCUAACCUGACAAAGUCAACACAUGCCGCUGCUGAGGAAGAAGCAGUGUUGGCAGCAAAUAAUCUACCUUCCAUUGAUGGGAAUGGUAUCUAUACCAUUGUUGGUCAGCCGGUCAACAUCACAGCUACAGCCACUGACCAGGACCAAGACAAAGUGACCAUCGUAAUGGUCUCCCCUGUUGCUGUACUGUCACUGGAAGGGGCAGGAAACACUAACUUAAGUUAUCAGUGGACACCAACCAACAUGACCCCUACAUCUGUAGAGUUAUAUGCCACUGACAGCAAACAUGGUAUAUCUGGUCUGUUAACAUUGACUGUGUACUUGUGUUACGGUUGUAACAACCACGGCAGCUGUAACUACUCCCAGGUCAUAUCCACCAGUGUGUCUACAUUCUUCAUUGUUCCCUGUACAUGUGACAUUGGAUGGAGAGGUGAUUCCUGUGAGAUUGAUAUUGAUGGUUGUGCUGGUUCCCCUUGUGAUCCCCUCAGUAACUGUACAGACAAUCCAGCAGCUGAGCACCAGUCAACAGGAAGGGCAUUCAAGUGUGAAAACUGUCCUCAGGGAUACCAGAUGACAGAGACCUUUAAGUGUAUUGACAUAGAUGAAUGUGCAAACAGCACCUUAAAUGACUGUGAUCAGAUCUGCAGCAACACUGAAGGAAGUUAUACCUGCUCUUGUAGGACAGGAUACAGACUUACGGGUCAUAUGUGUCACGAUAUCAAUGAAUGUUCUGAAGGUACCAACAUUUGUGAGCAGAAAUGCCAUAAUACCCAGGGUUCUUAUUACUGCUCCUGUAUGCCUGGCUACAAUCUGCAAUCCAAUCAAGCGUCCUGUGUAAUGGAAAGUCCUGAUGUGCUGUGUGCUGAUAUGAAUUGCUCACAAGAGUGCACUGUAAACAGCACAGCACACCCAUACUGUUUUUGUAACCAAGGAUACAGCCUGCAGUCAGAUGGAAAGAACUGUACAGACGUGGAUGAAUGUCAGGAUUCCGCUCAGUGUCCACAAAUCUGCUCUAACACAGAUGGCAGUUUUAUCUGCAGUUGUUACAUUGGAUAUGAGCUGCAAAAUGACAAAAGAUCAUGUGAAGACUGGUUGGACAGGAACCCUGUGUGA